AUGGAAGAAAACCCCCAUAAAUGUUCAGACUGCAGGAAAAGCUUUAAGCAGAGCUCAACCCUAAGGAGGCACCAGCGAACCCACACGGGGGAGCGACCCUACAAAUGCCUCCAGUGUGGGAAGAGCUUUGCCGACAGCUCUAAGCUCCUUCGCCAUCAGAGGAGCCACACCGGGGAGCGACCCUAUGGGUGUGAGUGCGGGAAAAGCUUUGCUGACAGCGCCAAGCUCCUAGAGCACCAGCGAACCCACACAGGAGAGCGACCCUACAAAUGCCUGCAGUGUGGUAAGAGUUUUGCCGACAGUUCCAGCCUCCUUCGCCAUCAGAGGAGCCACACGGGGGAGCGACCCUGCAUGUGUGCCCAGUGCGGGAAGAGCUUUGCCGACCCCUCCAACCUCCUUCGCCAUCAGAGGAGCCACACGGGGGAGCGACCCUACACGUGUGCCCAGUGCGGGAAGAGCUUCGGGCAAAACUCAAGCCUGAUGAAGCACUGCAGGGCCCACACAGGCGAGAAACCCUACAGGUGUGAUGAAUGCGGGAAGAGCUUCGCUCAGACCUCCAACCUCCUGGAGCAUCAGAGGAUCCACACGGGCGUGAAACCCUACAAAUGCCCUGUCUGCGGGAAAGUGUUCUGCCACAGCUCCUCGCUGACAGGCCAUCGGAGGAUCCAUACUGGUGAGCGACCCUACAAAUGUGUCAUCUGCGGGAAGAGCUUCAGCCAGAGGUCCAACCACACCCAGCAUCAGCGGACCCACACGGGGGAGCGACCCUUUAGAUGCGAUGAAUGUGGGAAGAGCUUCAGUGUUCGCUCCAGGCUUAUUAUGCACCAGAGGAUCCACACAGGGGAGUGA